AUGGAAGUAGCAACUUCACCUAACCCUCACUCACAGUUGAACGCAAAUGGACCUUCGCAAAACUACCAAUCUUAUCUUAACUCUGCGAUGGAUUUCCAAAUCGUCCGUACAUUGGGAGAAGGAGCUUUUGGAGAAGUUAAGCUUGUUGUAGAUUCUAAAAAUCCAAGUUUUGCCGUUGCUAUGAAAUGUUUAGAUCUAGGGAAACAUGCAAACCUUCUGAAUGAGUUCAAGAAAGAGGCUCUAAUACAACAAAGAUUGUCGAGUGAAGGACACGACAAUGUCAUAAGGUACAUAGGAAUACGAAUGGAUCACAACUUGUAUCAAUAUCAAAUAUUCUUGGAAUAUGCUGAUGGUGGCGAAAUCUUCGAUCAAAUUGAGCCUGAUGUUGGCUUGCCUGUUCAUAGAGCUCAAUUCUAUUUCCGUCAACUAUUGAAUGGUCUCUCUUUUAUACAUGGUCAUGGUAUUGCUCACAGAGAUAUAAAGCCUGAAAAUCUAUUAUUAACAAAACGAGACACUCUCAAAAUUUCUGAUUUUGGAAUGGCAACUGUUUUCCGACAUAACAACAAAGAGCGAAAGCUCCAAGCAUCUUGCGGAACUCUCCCUUACGUCGCGCCCGAAGUUCUAACAGGGUCUUACAGAGGACCACCAGCUGAUGUUUGGUCUUGCGGUGUAGUACUAGUCACACUUCUAGCUGGCGAAUUACCUUGGGAUGCACCUAAAAAAAGUGUUAGUUCAUAUCAAGGAUGGAUCAACAGCACAAGCCUUAAUUUGAAUCCCUGGAAGAAGAUUGACAACAACGCUUUAUCUCUUCUACGGAUUAUACUAACUGAGAAUACGAAAAAUCGAGCCGAUCUUGAUCGCAUUAAAAAUCAUCCAUGGUGUACUUUCAAAACUGAUUCUGCUCAUAUUCCAAGCGCUAAGAGAAGAAAGCUAAUUCCUGAUCUCGAGUUUGCUUCAAUCUCCUUUACUUUGCAGAAAAGUUUUUAUUUCAGGGACACUGUUUCUCAACCUAUUGAAAUAUCAAAUAGGAUGAAUGCAAUUAUCACCAGCACUAUCCAGAAUAUUUCGUUCUCUCAACCUGAUUCUGCGGAUAAUCUUCUACUCUCAAACAGUCAAAUAUCGGAAUUCUCACAACAUCAGGACCCUAUUCUAAACUUGGUUCGGCGUAUGACAAGAUUCCUGGUGGUUGUAUCCAAGUCCGAGAUCAUACCAAGACUGUAUGCUGCAUGUGAGGAUUGUGGAUUUCAAGCUAAAGAUCACCCUCCUUGUCACAUUUUGGUUACGCAUCGUGAGAUAACUUUCAUUAUAACAGUGAUUGAAAUGGUAGAGGGAGGAGUACGUAAAGUGAUGGUUGACAUUAGAAGAUCUCGCGGUGAUGGUAUAGAAUUCAAGCGAGCUUUCGUUGCGCUACGAAAGCGUUUGCUCGAUGUCGUUUGUUCACGAGGAAACGAAUGGCUUGUUUCUCAAGGCUUAACACAUUCACAAAUGAUUCCUGAAUCUUACUAA